AUGUCUCUCCUCCGCGUCGCCCUCUCACGGGCCCCUUCGACCGCUGCCGUAUCCUCCACCCUCUCUCCCUGCGCUCGCUCCCUCUCCACCAUCACUUGCAGCUCUGCCACCUCCUCCUCCUUCUCCGCUCUACCAUCGCGUCGAGCUCUGUCUACCUUUGCCUCGCCGUUCGCAAGCAUGACCACGUCCACCACUAGGCCUCGCUCCGUGUCAAGAUCCUCCGCUUCGUCCGGCUCAUCGUCCAGCAUGGCCGUCGAUACCGCUUACGGCUCGUCGUACACGACGCAGGCUUCGUCGUCCCGCAACUUUGCCUCAUCCUCUAAAUCCAGUAGCGGCGGCUACAAGCCCGUGCUAACCACCAACUCCAUCAACCCGCACGUCCUCGAGGCCGAGUAUGCCGUGCGUGGUGAGAUUUCGAACCGUGCCAACAAGUACGCCGCUCAGAUCGCACAGGGCGAUGCGGACCUCCCCUUCUCGUCGGUGGUCACCGCCAACAUCGGCAACCCGCAGCAGCAGCCAUACCUCGCACAGAAGCCACUUACCUUUUGGCGUCAGGUGGCUGCGCUCACCGAAUAUCCCGAGCUCAUGGACCAGCCUGGCAUCGACAAGAUGUUCCCCAAGGACACGCAGGAGCGUGCCAAGCUGUUGCUCGAGGACAUUGGCAGCGUCGGUGCCUACUCGCACUCCAAGGGUGCGUCCAUCGUUCGAAAGCACGUCGCAGAGUUUAUCGAGCAGCGUGACGGAUAUCCUUCGGACCCCGAACUCAUCUACCUCACUACGGGUGCCAGUGGCGGUGUUCAGCUCUUGCUGCAGGUGCUUAUCGCCGGUUCCGACUCGGGCGUCAUGAUCCCCAUCCCUCAGUACCCGCUCUACAGCGCUGCGCUUGCGCUCUACAACGCGCAGCCCGUCAGGUACGAUCUCAAUCCCUUCGACGACUGGUCGCUCGACGUCAAUGCCAUGUCGCGUUCCAUCGACGAGGCUCGUUCCAACGGCGUCGACGUUCGUGCCUGCGCGGUCAUCAACCCAGGCAACCCUACUGGACAGUGUCUCUCCUACGAAAACAUUCAGGACCUGAUCCGCAUGGCGUACAACAAGCGCGUCGUGCUUCUCGCCGACGAAGUGUACCAGGCCAACAUCUACCAACCCGACACACGACCCUUCCACUCGUUCAAGAAGGUGCUCAUGGACUUCCAGUCGUCCAACAAUGCCGCAGAGCGCGAAAUUUCCACCAGCGUCGAGCUGGUGUCGUUCCACAGCAUCUCGAAAGGCGUUUCGGGCGAAUGCGGUCGACGAGGUGGUUACUUUGAGCUCACCAACAUGGACUCGGAGGUGGAAGCGCAGAUCUACAAGCUCGCGUCCAUCUCGCUCUGCCCUUCGCUUCAAGGUCAGAUCGGCGUCGACAUGCUCGUCAAACCACCCACCCCUGGAUCACCCUCGUACGAGCUCUACAAGCAGGAAGUCGAGGGCAUCCAUGCAACGCUCAAAUCGCGUUCGGAACGCAUGGCGGAAAAGUUUGCCCAGUUGCCGGGUGUAGAAGUGGAUCCUGCUCAGGGAGCUUUGUACCUGUUCCCGCGGGUGACCCUGCCAAAGAAGGCGCACGAGGCAGCCAAGGAGAAGGGCAAGAAGGUGGAUGAGUUCUACUGCUUGGAGAUGCUCGAUGCGACGGGAAUCUGUGUUGUGCCCGGAAGUGGGUUUGGAAAGAUGCCGGAGGAGGGAACGGGUGCGUGCUUCUUUAGGACGACGGUGUUGGCAAAGGAGACGGACGAGUUCAUCGAGAGGUACGGCAAGUUCCACACUGAUUUUGUUAACAAGUACAAGUGA